UGCGAACCGCCUAUUCCUUUGAAAGGCAGGUAAAGCCCUCUCCCGGUCUCCCCUCCCGUCCUGCCGAUUCAUUCACCAACAACAAACAACCAACAAAACAACCACGACAAAACCUCACCUCUCUAUCUCUCCUAUUAUCUUGUCAAAGGUCAGACAGACGGCGUCGUUUCGCGGCAUGGCAGCACCGUAGCACAGCUCAGGUCGAUCGGCGUCUUUCGGGGAGUCGACGACUUUCAGGGACUCUUCCGAGUCCGAGAAGAUGGAGGCCACCGGCAGCUGGGACGCCCUCGACUGGACCAUUGAGCCGGUUUCGCGGUCCGUUUUUCGGCCCGUUUCGCAUGUGAAAUUGGAGUGCUUGCUUGAAGCCGAGCAAGUCCAAGUUGAGGGGUCUGGAGUUGUUCUUGUUAAUACGGAUAAGGCAGGCACUUUGAUAGUGACCAAUUUUCGUCUUCUAUUCCUGAGUGAGGGAACUAGGAAUGUUAUUGCACUUGGCACGAUACCGUUGGCAACAAUUGAGAAGUUCACCGAAAUUGUUGUAAAGAAUCAGCCAACCCCUUGUCAAUCCGAAAAGACUCCAUCAAGACAGCUUCUUCAGGUCAUUGGUAAAGACAUGAGGACCAUUGUCUUUGGGUUUCGUCCUGAAACAAGGGAGGCAAUAUUUGAUGCAUUAUCAAGGUGUACAAAGCCAACAAGUCUGUGGGAUCUUUAUGCUUUUGUUUCUGGACCUUCCAAAUUUGGUAACACCAACCCAAAGGUGCGGUUACUGAAUGAGUAUCUUCGGCUUCUUGGGAAAGGGUCCUCACGUGCAUCUAUGAAUAUGAUUGAAGAUGGGUCAUUCACAUUUUCUAAUGAUUUGUGGAGGAUAAGUAGUAUAAAUUCCAGCUAUAUCAUGUGCCAGAGUUAUCCAUUUGCCUUGAUGGUUCCAAAAUCCAUAACUGAUGAAGAAGUGCUUCAAGCUUCCAACUUCCGAGCAAGAGGUCGCUUGCCUGUAGUUACAUGGUGUCAUCCAAAAACGGGAGCAGUUCUUGCACGGUCAUCCCAACCCUUAGUUGGUCUCAUGAUGAAUAUGAGGAGUAACACAGAUGAAAAGAUUGUUGCUGCACUUUGCACUCAACUUGCUGGUACAACAGUUAAACGGAGGAAGUUAUAUAUAGCCGAUGCAAGGCCUCGAAAAAAUGCUCUAGCUAAUGGUGCUAUGGGAGGUGGCUCUGAGUCAUCUUCACAUUAUUCUCAAUCUGAGAUAGUUUUCUUUGGGAUAGACAACAUACAUGCAAUGAGAGAGAGCUUUGCCAGACUCAGAGACUAUUUAAACGCUCAUGGUGCUUCAUCGGAUGGAAGGUCAUCUUUCUUGAGACAUGGUGGAUGGACGUGGGGUGGAGGUAACCUAAGCAGUAUGUCUGCUCAAGUGUCAACACUGGGGGACAGUGGUUGGUUAAUACAUGUUCAAAGUGUCUUGGCUGGUUCUGCUUGGAUUGCUGCUCGUGUUGCUUUGGAGUCGGCAUCAGUGCUUGUACAUUGUAGUGAUGGAUGGGACAGAACCACUCAGCUGAUUUCACUUGCCAAUUUGUUGCUUGAUCCAUACUAUCGGACUUUAACUGGGUUUCAGGCACUGAUUGAGAAAGAUUGGUUAGCAUUUGGUCACCCCUUUGCAGAUCGAGUUGGCAUGCCAGCUGUAACGGGAAGUGGCAACACGCCUUCUGAACUGACAAGGCAGGCCUCUGCUCCAGUUCUCCAGUCAUCACCCAGUCGCCAUUCAUCAGUGUCUCAAGCGCCUACUUCUCAUGCACAGAAUUCAAAUGACUAUUCUCCCAUAUUUCUGCAGUGGGUUGAUUGUGUUUCACAAUUGUUACGGAUGUAUCCUUUUGCUUUUGAGUUUUCUUCGGCAUUUCUGGUGGAUCUAUUGGACUCUGUUCUAUCGUGUCGCUUUGGAAACUUCUUAUGUAAUAGUGAAAGGGAGAGGCAGCAAUGUGGUGUACCCGAUGCUUGUGGAUGCAUGUGGGCAUAUUUUGCUGAUUUACGUGCUUCGCAGGGAAGUUCUCAUGUGCACUAUAACUACUUUUAUGAUCCCUUGAAACACGAUGGUCCACUGUUACCUCCAGCAGCAGCUUUAGCACCAACUCUUUGGCCCCAAUUCCAUCUUCGUUGGGCUUGUCCCUUAGAGGCUCAAGUUGGAGGGGUUGAAGCUCAAUUUAGGCAAAUGGAUGUCAAGUUCUCUGAACUACAAAAGGAAAAAGAAAUGGCAGAAAGGAAAGCUAAAGAAAUCGCCACCUUAAUGGAAUCAUUAACUGCAGAAUUGCAAAAUGAGAAGCAAGUUAGCAGCUCGGCUAGGCAGAUGGCCAAGAGGGCAAGCAGGGAAAGUGACGCCAUAAAGCGAGCUGUCCAGUCACUGGGAUGCAAGGUCCACUUUUCAAACAGUGGAGAUUGCGCCGUUGACAUCGAAAGCAGCCAAUUUGCAUCUUCGCAGAAAUUACCUUAUUAUUUUAAAAGAGAAGCGGAUGGCACCAUGCAGCGGGAUGAGAAAUCAGACCUCUCUUUUUCAAUCACAGUUAUGGCAGAUGACGAUGCUUCCAUCAACCCAAUUGGCCGAGUAUGUGAAACGUUAUGCCCGUUAGGCAUGCGAGAUGGGGGCUGCCGGUGGCCACAUGCUGGUUGUGCUCAGUUGGGUAGCCAGUUUCUCGGAGUAAAGGCUAACUACGAGGCAUUUGAUAAACUUUCUAUUUAUGAUAGCUAUUUCCAGCCGAAAUAAUACCAUAUAAAUUUGGAGCUUUCUUGGAGGUACCAAUCCAAACUCACUACUCCCGCAGCGUUAUCCCUGUGGAAAUUCCCAUUAGAGUUCAAAGUUUCUUUUAGCAUAGUUCCAAGAUUAUUUGUAGCAUGCCAGAAAGCGAACACGAAGAACGACGAAGGACGGACCCGAUAAUUGAAGAUGGGUCUCGAGAUGUAUUGUACAGAGGAUGUAAAGUCAGCAGAGGACCGUUUCUAUCGGUCCUUGUAGCGGCGAAAGGAAAAACCGGAAUGGUGCAAGAUCUGGUGUCUAUAUAGUGGUAUUCGCUCAAUUCCAGAACAGAACCGUAGCUCGUGAACUCCAAAACAAUCGUUGAGGCGCGACAGGUGAGCGUUGCAGAAAGCCGGUUAUCUGUAAAACACAGAACUGCUUGCAAACAGGCGAUUGCUUACUCCACAGACGAAAACAAUUAAGAUACCUGUAAAGAGCAUACCAAUGGUUGGUCAUUACCAUAGUAAAGUACCUGUAGCAACCAAAUUAAGAUAUCCGAUUUAUCCUGUUAUAAAUAAGUAGACAACUAAACUGUGAAAGGCAAUCGAACACCUCAUCCUCAACUUGUCAACCAUGGAGAAGCCGCCCCCUUCCGGCGAAUCCCACGACGGUGAAUCCGUCAUCAGCAGUCUCCAAGAAUUUUCAAGCUCAACCGUACACAACCACCCUGUAUUUCAAGCUCAAAAUUUGUGCCCUAAUUCUCAUAAAUAGAAGGAAUUUCCCUAUUCAAA